AUGAGCGCACCCGAGAGCUACCCUGACCGAAAUGUCCUUGUCUCAUACUUUGAGGUACGGGAAAAAUGGUCUUAUCAUGGGUUCUUGAAACUAAAUCGCGACGUCAUUAUCUCUUCGUCCUUUUCGAAUGACUGUCGUGAACUUGACAGGUACUGGGCUAUUCACUUUCUGGAAGUCUCCGAGGAACUUUUGGAUCAAACAACCUUUGUAGCUCUGAAGGAAAAGGUAAAGACAGAACGUUCACGUUAUGCGAAAAAAUUACAAAAAUACUGGCAGGGAGUUAUCAAGGAACGCGAAAAAGAGAACCUAGCGCCUGCUGUUGCAUCUCCAAAUCUUGAACUUAUCAACUUCUGUUGUGACGUUCUUCGUGAACUUGAAAAUAACUCUUGUGCUCAUAUGUUUUAUAAAUAUGUUGAAAAGGAGGUUUCAGUAAAGCAUCCGAUGGAUUUAUUUACUAUAAAUUCAAAGUUAAAAAAUAAUCAAUACACAAGUACAAACGAAUUCGAGAAAGAUAUUCGUUUAAUAUUUCGUAAUUGUUAUUCAUAUAAUUAUAUUGAAAGUGAGAUUUAUCAAUCGGCUGAAAAAUUAGAAUCUAUUUUCAACAUAACUUGGACUGAAAAAUUUGAACAAAAGGGAGAACGGAAAAGAGCAAGAGACGAUGCUGACACAGAAUCUUCUGAACAAUGGAAGAAACAGAGCCGAAUCCUAGAACAAAAUAAGGAUAAGGCGGUGUUCAGAAAUGUUAUCGAUGAUGGCUUCCGUGUUGCUUCGGCACAUGAAAACCUUAUUGCUGGAAAUGUCGUGCCCUUUAUUAAAGUCAUCAAAACCUUCCUACGAACAAGGUCGCGCAUGUCGUUAUCCUCAACGAAUGAGCCUGUCCUACAGGCAAUUGUCGAGAGUCUUCUACCUUCAAGAUAUCGCAUCCCAGAACUUUCUUUGGUAAUGGACGGCGUAAAGUUAAAGGGUGAAGGUCGCUUUGGUUUUUCAGACGUCUUUGUCCUUAGUGAAACUGGGGAGAAUAAUGUAUGUUUAGAGUUGAAAUAUGUACCUUUAGUUGGUCUGAUGGGAAAUCAGAAAAAUAUUGGCGCGAAUGAGCUGAAAAAGCUAGAUCAGACUCUCGAGAAAAAGCUCAAAGAAGAUGAAAGGUCUUUGCUAAGUAGACCAUACAAAUAUUGGUCUAAAGAAAACAGGAAAGAAAACCAGACGACCAUAGGCGAGACACUUAACGGUGGAAUUAAUCAGUUGAAAUUAUACAUGAGUGUGAUCUCAAAAGGAAAGCCGAAAAACUAUUCCAGCUUAGGUUUGCUCGAUGAAAGGGUUGGAAUAACUAAAUCAGACCCGCCUAAUGAGAUACAAGGAGUAUUAGCCGAAGCAUUUGCAACAUUAAUCAGUGUGUUAUGGAGUGAGCAAUAUAAUUUGUUUCUCCUGUUACAUUCAAAACAGCAAUUGGUCGAUUUUCAUCACAAUUUUCUGGAUGGUUUACAUGAAGAUUUGAAUCUUAUUAUGAACCAACCAAUUAUUCCUGAUAUGACUCCUGAAGAAGAACAACAAAUGGAACUAAUGGAAUGCAUUUCUCCACAGAUUGUAUCAGAAAUAGAAUGGGAAAAAUAUUUGAGGCGGUGUGUAACUUUACAUCAAUGUCUUGAUGCUUUUAUUAAGGAGGAAAUAUUAUAUGGAGAUGAUGCUUGGAAUUAUAAAUUGGAAAUUAUGGUUAAUUUUCCUAUGAGAGAUUUAGAUUUAACGUCAUAUGUACCAAUUCCUAUUGAGAAACCUACGUCAAUUGGAUGUAACAUUCAAUACGAAUUACCGGGCACAGGAGCUGGGAAUCAUAAUUCUCUACAACAAUCUGGACCUUUUAUAUAUGAUUUAUUUGCUGCUUCGAAUAAUUAUGGAAGGUUAAAUGGUGGACAUUACACUGCUUGUGUAAGAAAUGGAUAUAUACAUGAAUGGCACACCUUUGAUGAUAGUAGGGUAUCAAAAUAUGACGAAAGUAGUGUUUUGGUGAAUAUAAUUUUACUUUAA